AUGGGUCUUGAUGCGGAAUACAAGAUCUCACUUGCAUCAAUACAUCCAUCCCUCAUUGCCAGAGCAAAAUUGUCUGAGAAAGAGGAGUCUAUGGUUGACAAGCCUAAGCUAGAGAGUUUACGAUCCUCUCCAUCGGAAGGGGUUAAGACGAGGUUUGUUUUGGAAAUUGUCAAUCUUUGUGAAGCAUUAAAUGAGCGGGUACUAGUAUUCAGCCAAUAUCUUGAUCCAUUGUCCUUGAUCAUGGAGCAGCUGAAAGCAAGGUUCAAUUGGGCUGAAGGCAAAGAGAUCCUGCUAAUGAGUGGAAAUGUCCUGGUUAAAAAUCGCCAAACCAUGAUGGAAACUUUUAAUAACAUGAAAAGCAAGGCCAAGGUAAUGCUUGCAUCAACCAAGGCAUGCUGUGAAGGCAUUACGCUUAUUGGGGCAUCACGUGUGGUUCUACUUGAUGUUGUGUGGAACCCUUCAGUUGGAAGGCAAGCCAUCGGCCGAGCUUACAGAAUCGGUCAGGAGAAGAUUGUGUACACGUACAAUCUAAUUGCAGAAGGCACAGCAGAGAAGAGCAAAUAUGACAGGCAAGCUAAGAAGGAGCACAUGUCUAAAUUGCUCUUUUCAAAAGAAGUGGAGCAUGGAGACUUGCCACCAGAACUAACACUCAAUGAUAGGAUUUUGGAAGAAAUGACUGCACGUGAAGACCUCAAAAAAUUGUUUGUAAAGAUUUACAUUGAUAAUCAAACUGAUGGUUCACCUGGAGAGACGGAGAAGAACACUACAUGUGCACAUGCCUAAUAAUAUGAAACAGGAUGGAAGAAAAUGAUGAAGACACUAAAGCAGAUGACGGACUAUUGAGAUGCUGUUGCUACCAGGGAAAUUUGAUGGAUUUCUACCAGUGUUCCAGGCUGAGUCAAAAGGGAUGACCUAGAAGUUUAUCAUGACACAGCACCAUUAGAUCUGUGGCUAAACCUGCGAAAUGGAUUAUGUUGAUUGAAUCGCUCUUGUACUGGAUUGUUUGCAAUUUCCUUUGUUCUAAUUUUCCAUUUGGUGCAUUGAUGAAUCUGAUAUGCAUAGAACACAGCUAUGCUAGCUGGUCAUUUUCAAUGUCUACUUAACAAGCAGUACCCUCUGUAGUUUUAAUACUUCUUG